UCAUGCUGCUGCCAGGUCCAGAGUCUCUCAUGGGUCCCUGUACGGCCUCCCAUUGCUGCUGUCUCCAUCGCCACACUCUGCCAUGUGCCACUUUCAGGUCUCCUCACACACUGCUGGUGUGUUCCAUUUUUUGACAUAGGGUGCUGGCAGAUUACGGGCCUCCCAUUGCUGCUGCCAGGCCUGUAAUCUGCCAUGGGCCCCCGUACCGCCUGGUCACGUUGCUGCUGGGUCCACAGUGUGACAUGGGUUGCUGUAUGGCCUCCCAUUGCUGCUGCCUCCACCGCCACACUGUGGCUCCAAACACUGGUUUUUGGCCCCGUGACUGGCCAAAUGAGUGAAGUG